CAAAAACCAGCGUGUGCUAUGAGCGUUACGAUAAUUAACUGUUCUUUUUCGUCAAAUAAGAAAAUAAAUCAAUACAAAUUGUACCAUGGAGCAGCUGGGUCGAGUUGACGAAGACACUGCUGUUGCUGUUCAGUUUGCUGCCGAGCCUGACGCUUUAAUCGUACACAAAGUUUCUGAAGAUGUCUUCAGUGAUCACAUUUCAAAAGCUCGCUUUGAGGAGCUCUUUCGCUCCUUUGACAGUAAUGUCACCUUCCAGUUCUUCAAAAGUUUCCGGCGCGUGAGGAUCAACUUUAGCGACGCGCUGGCGGCUGCCGAGGCAAGAGCGAAACUCCACAAGACCUACUUUAACGGCAAAGAAGUUCGUUUGUAUUUUGCUCAGUCUGUUCAUAUAGGAAGUUCACAUCUGGAACCUCCUAAACCAGAAAAGCAGUUUCUGUUGUCCCCUCCUCCGUCGCCGCCUGUGGGCUGGGAACAGGCUCAGGAUGCCACGCCAGUCAUUAAUUAUGAUCUUCUCUGUGCCAUUGCCAAACUCGGACCAGGUGAAAAGUAUGAGCUUCACACUGGAACACCCACUACCCCGAGUGUAGUAGUUCACGUGUGUGAGAGCAGCCAGGACAGCUCUGAGACAGAGGAAGAGAUGGAGGGAGUCCGACGUCCUCGUCCCAAAAUUAUCCAGACACGCCGACCUGACUACAGCACUGCUGUUAUGCAGUGAGCCAGGCAACCAAAUCUCCAUUGUGCCAAUCUUGUUGUUUUAACACCACAGGACCCCCCCCCUAGUAGGGGGACACCUACCAUGGCAUGCAGUUGGUCCUUCUAACCAUUAGGGGGAGCCCAGAAUCAAAGCCCAGCCCUGUGGA